UGCAGAAAAGGGAAAGCCAUGCCAAGCCAUGCCAAAAAAACACCACCUAUAUAUAUUUCUCUUUUCACUUUCACCAUCCGUUUCUUUCUCCACCACUUUGCCUGGAAACUGAGAGCUUCUUCUGAUCUCUCUAGAAAAAUUGGAACAGAAAGCAAACACUUUGCUAUUAUUAUUAAGUGCGUCUGCGUGUCCUCUCCUAAAGCUCCCUCUUGCCUCUUUGAGAUCUAUUUGCUUCGUCAACUAGAUAGAGAUUGCAGAGAGAGGACAACGAGAGAUACGUACUUAGAUACAGACAUAGAUUGAGAGGGAGAGCACAGCAGCGUUGGACUAAUUGUUUGUUGAAUCGGGACAUCAAAGGAGAUAGAAUUCAAAUAAUUCGUGGAAGUAUCACAUGGAUUGGUCUAAACAGCUACUCAUGGUCAGGAGAUGAGUAGGGUAUCUAGCAGGAGGGCAUUACAGUUACUCCACGAUUGCAUGCAACUUAAUUUAAGUCCAAGGAUUCUAUUGCUAUCUGAUGAUCACAGAUAAUGUUGGAAUGUACUUCUAGCUGGCAAUCAUAUUAAUUUUUCCAUGGGGAGAUUUUGCUGAUUUGAUCAGUCAAAUUACAUUUCCUAAGGCUGCAAGUCCAGCAAUAUCUCUGCUGUUCUUUUAUACGCUUAUACUGCAUAGUUGUGUGCUUCAUAGAAUUGGAUUUGGCUUUGGCUUUACUGAGACAAAGCAUGUUUAAUUGAGCGACUUGCUAGUGUUUUCACUGAAUAUUCAGUGAUAGGUGGAACAAACUCUCAGAUAUGCAGAUUUAAGCAGCAAGUAGCAAUGUAAUUUAUUUGGCUUGACAUUCAUUGGGGGGGUUGUUCUUUUGGCUGGAGUGCUAUUUAAGUAUCAUCUUGCCCUGUUACUUACAUUUUACUUGUAGUACCAAUCAGUAACAUGGAGACUAAGUUUGUGAAUGUUAACAAUCUAUCGGGUAUCCUUCAUCGACUGCUUCCUGCUGUUGGACCUGGACUUUUGAUCGGAAUUGGAUAUGUUGACCCUGGAAAGUGGGCAGCAACUGUUGAAGCAGGUGCUCAUUUUGGAUAUGAUUUAGUCCUGCCUAUGCUCAUUUUCAAUUUUACUGCUAUUUUGUGCCAAUACCUCUCAGCUCGAAUUGGUGUGGUUACUGGAAGAGAUCUUGCCCAGAUUUGUCACGAUGAGUAUGACAAGUUCACGUGCAUGUUUCUUGGAGUUCAAACAGCACUUUCUGUGAUUGCAUUGGACCUCACUAUGAUCCUUGGUAUUGCACACGGUCUUAAUCUUCUCUUUGGGGUAGACUUGUCUACUGGUGUUUUUUUAACUGCUGUUGAUGCUGUUUUAUUUCCACUUUUUGCCACCCUCCUCGAGAGAUUCAAGGCGAAUUUCCUAUGCAUGUGUGUGGCCGGCUUUAUAUUGCUUUUUUAUUUUCUUGGAGUGCUUACCAGUCAAAGAGAAAUUCCACUUUCCUUCAACGGGAUGCUGUCAAAGUUAAGUGAGGAAAGUGCAUUUGCCCUGAUGAGUCUUCUUGGAGCUAAUAUUAUGCCUCAUAAUUUUUACCUCCAUUCAUCUUUUGUGCUGCAGCAUCAGGGUUAUCAGAAUAUUUCUAAGGGUGCCUUGUGUCAUUGCCAUUUUUUUGCCAUCUUAUGCAUCUUUAGUGGCAUUUAUCUGGUGAAUUAUGUGCUUAUGAACUCAGCUGCAAGUGUGUUCAACAGUACUGGCCUUGUUUUGCUUACUUUUCCUGAUGCAAUGUCACUAAUGGAACAGGUGUUCAGAAGUCCUGUGGCACCCCUUGCCUUUUUAAUCAUUUUGUAUCUUACAAGUCAAAUCACAGCAUUAGGCUGGAAUCUUGGUGGACAAGUAGUCUUACAUGAUUUCCUUGGACUAGAUAUACCUAAUUGGCUUCAACAUGCUACGAUCAGAGUUAUUGCCAUUGUUCCAGCUCUUUAUUGUGUAUGGACUUCAGGAGUAGAAGGAAUAUACCAGCUGCUUAUUUUUACACAGGUUACAAUUGCACUGCUACUUCCGUCUUCUGUGAUCCCACUUUUCCGGGUUGCAUCAUCAAGGCCGAUAAUGGGUGUCUACAAAAUUUCUCAGCUUUUGGAGUUUGUAGUACUGAUUAUUUUCAUGGGUUUGCUAGGCUUAAAGAUUAUAUUUGUGGUAGAAAUGAUUUUUGGUGACAGUGAUUGGGUUGGUAAUUUGAGAUGGAACAUGGGUAGUGGUGCAUCAGUUGCUUACAUUGCACUUCUUAUAACUGCUUGUUCGUCAUUUUUUUUGAUGCUUUGGUUAGCAGCAACACCAUUGAAAUCUGCAACACUCUUAGAUCCUCAGGUAUUGAACAGGGAAGUACCCGAUUCAGCUGAACCAUCCACAUUGAAGGAGGAAAGUCUUUUAUGUGAAACUAUACAUGAUGGAGUGGAACCCAUUCAGAAUGAGGAAGAAUUGCCAGAACCAGGGAAGAUUUAUUCUGAUAGAAGUGGUCCAAAUGCUGAACCUGAUUUGCCUGAGACAAUCAUGGAAUCUGAUCAGGAACUGCAUUUGAAAGCUAUUAACGAAAGUCAUUCUGAUGUUAAGUUUCAUAGCCCGUCAAUAACUUAUCAGGAGGAAUCAACUUCCACAAUAGACACCGUAUCAGUAUCAACUUCUGUUGAUGAAGUUGUUGAUGGUGAUCUGCAGGUCAUUGCAAUGGUUAAGGAUGAGUCAGUGGAACCAAUUGAAAAGACUGGGGGGAUAGAGGGAGAUUUACAGCCUGAAAAGGAGGAUGAUGAGGGAGAUACUUGGGAGACUGAAGAAUCGUCCAAAGUAGUUCCUGGAAGCACAUCUCUGACAUCUGAUGGUCCACCAUCAUUUAGGAGUCUAAGUGGAAAGAGUGAUGAAAAUGGGAAUGGUGCUGGAAGUCUUUCAAGAUUAGCUGGGUUGGGGCGUGCUGCAAGGCGUCAAUUAGCUGCAUUUCUUGAUGAAUUUUGGGGACAGUUGUUUGAUUUUCAUGGGCAAGCAACUCAAGAAGCGAAGAACAAGAAACUGGAUUUGUUGCUAGCUGAUUCAAAGCUUGCAUGUUUCUCAUUGAAAGUGGAUAUUAAAGGAAAGGAAUUUAGUAGAUAUUACCCACCUUUUGGUGGCAGGGGAACCAAUUCUAUGAUUAAUACGAGUUUAUGUGAUUCCCCCAAGCAGCUGAGGGUGCAAAGCAAUAUGGACUCUUCAUAUGGAGUUCAAAGGGGAUCAUCCUCAUUGUGGUCCAACCACAUGCAAUUGCUGGAUGCAUAUAUGCAAGGUUCCAGCCACAAUGCUGUUGACUCUUCAGAGAGGCGGGAUUCUAGUGUGCGCACUUUUCCUUCUUCUGAGGGCUGGGAUAGCCAGCCAGCUACGGUACAUGGUUAUCAUAUUGCAUCUAUAGUCAAUAGAAUUGCUAAGGACAGAAGUUCCAAUUGCGUGAAUGGUCAAAUGGAAUCCCUGUCUUUGGGCCCAAGAAACUAUAGGGAUCCAGUUGCUGUUGCUUUGGGGCAAAAAUUGCAAAAUGGAUUAAGUUCUCCACAAGCCUCAAGGUAUCAGAACUUUGCAGCAUCUGGAAACAGCCCGCUGCAAUCAGAAAGACCAAGUAAUGAUGUUUGGUUUUCUGGAUCUGUUGAUAACACAGUGAUGACAACAAAUUCAAAGAAAUAUCAUAGUUUGCCCGACAUUUCAGGACUUGCUGGUCCUUACAGGGACAUGUAUCUGUCUGAAAAGGGUACUCAGUGGGACAAUACUGUUGGAUUUGGAGCAACUGUUGGGAGAACAAGUUAUGAGCCUUCCUUCUAUUCAAAUUCUGGAUCAGGAAUGCGAGGUUCUUUGGCUUUUGAUAAUGUAUCAAAAGGAUAUGGGGAUGCUUUCUCUUAUUCUAUGAGUUCAGACCAUGAAUCCAUCUGGUCCAAACAGCCAUAUGAACAGUUUGGCAUUGCAGAUAAAAGUCGUGCUGUUGGGAGUGGAGUGGGAAAUAGGUCAAAUUCAAGUACUCAAGAAACUCUCUCUCUUGUGGAUUCAGAGGCUCAGCUUCUUCAAUCAUUCAGAUGUUGCAUUGUUAAGCUUUUGAAAUUGGAAGGGUCUGAUUGGCUAUUUAGGCAAAACGAUGGAGCUGAUGAAGAUUUAAUUGAUCAUGUGGCUGCUAGAGAGAUGUGUUUGUAUGAAGUUGAAACAAGAGAGAGAAAUCGCAUGGUUCACAUGGGUGAGCCUCAGUAUUCCUAUUCUGAUAGGAAGUCUGUUUCUGCAUUGAAGAAUGAUGAGGCUGGUAUAACCAACAUUCUGGUUUCAUCAGUUCCUAAUUGUGGAGAGGGCUGUGUUUGGAGGGCAGAUUUGAUAAUAACCUUUGGGGUUUGGUGCAUUCACCGGAUUCUUGAUUUGUCAGUCAUGGAAAGCCGACCAGAGUUGUGGGGAAAAUACACUUAUGUGCUUAAUCGUCUUCAGGGGAUCAUUGACCUGGCAUUUUCAAAGCCCCGUAGUCCGUUGUCCCCAUGCUUCUGCCUUCAACUCUCUGCAGCAUAUCAGCGUAGGUCAAGCCCACCUGGAACAAAUGGAAUGUUGCUCCCUGCUGCCAAACCAAGGAGGAGGGAAUGCACUACUGCAGCAACGCUGCUUGAAUUAAUCAAGGAUGUGGAGACUGCAAUAUCUGGCCGAAAGGGUCGAUCAGGCACUGCCGCUGGUGAUAUAGCUUUCCCAAAGGGAAAAGAAAAUUUGGCUUCUGUGCUUAACCGCUACAAGAGGCGAUUAUCCAACAAGCUGAGCGGGAGUAAAUGAGGGGUCUAAGUCAAGCAAGGUUGUGAGAUAAGGUUCUCAAUCUGCCUCAACCUCAAGUGGGUAAAUAUAGGGCUGCUUGAUUUUGAAAAGCAGCGUAUAUACUCUGAUCAGAAGUUUAGUUACGGGGCUCUCUCUCUUGUGUAUUUAAAAGUUAAUGUGCUGCAAAUUUUACUUGGUUGUGUGUUAUAUAUACAUAGGAUAAAGACUAAGGGAUACGUAAUUGCAGCAUGAUUAAAGAAAAUGGUAGAAAGGUGGAAAGUUGCUUGAAACGCAUUUUCUGGUUUCAGUAACUUGUCACCUUCAAGGCAAUGUAGAUUAUUGCAUUGGGUGGGGGGAAAGUUUCUAUACCUAAUCUCUAUCCUACUAAAAAUGGUGUAUAUCUUUAGUUUCUCUACUGAAAAACAGACAAUGUUACUGCCUUUUUGAGUUUACAACAGCUCAUGUAAAACAGGAGCUUGAUUGUGUCAUUGUUCAGUUGCUCUAGCACAUCUCAGGAAUUGACUGUGUAUCACUUCAGGGAUGGAAAUAUUCAAAAAUGGAUGUCAGCUGUUUAGCCGUUCAA